UAGCGAAUUUUACUUAUUGUAGAAACUUUCUAAUAUGUUGCUGCUUCUAGAUAUUGUCUAGACAAUGGAACGUGUUAUCUUGUUCAACAAAAUCGCCUGAGGAAGUGUUUUGUACAUACUAACUUUGUCAGCUAGAAUUGUUCCGUUUCUUUGUGGUUGCAGGUGCUAGCUCUUCUAUUGUUCACAUGAGAAAGGAAUGACCAUUGUUGAUCGUACGUGGGCGAUCAACCUACGAUUUACCUGUCCUUAUUUUCGCGUAGCGACCGAAAUCGCUCUACAUGUACAAGAGCGCACGUGCCUGCUUGCGUCUGGUUGUUUUGCAUUAUGAGUUCAGCGUAUUCGAAACGUACACGCGACAAGACAUCGUCUACUGGUAGCACUCCUUACAGUGAUUUAAAGAAAUCACGUGAAUCCGUGGUAGAGGAAAAAGACCAGACAGAAGGCAUACAAGUGCAGCGUCGAUUUGCUGGGAAGGCCUUGUUUCGAGAAUGGACGAAAGGUGAAGAAAAGCUUCUCGUUAUGUGCGUAUCUUUACACUGUUUGGAGCUGGAUUCAGCAUGGCCCAAGUACUAUAGUGGUAACUGUAAGUGGGAAGAAGCAUCUAGAUUUCUGUAUGACAAUUCGAAUGGUGACUUUAACCAAACAGCAUCGCCUUGUCGUUUUCGUGUUAUUGGCCAUUUUGCUAAGAGAUUUGCUACUGUCACUGAUGCAGAGAUCCAUUAUGGUAUUGACCUUGAGGGCGUAGAUGCAGAAGACCAAUUCGUGCUAGCUGUUGCCUCUCCAAUCCUGAAAUCAAAGAGACCCAAAGCUGGCAAGAGGAAGACAAGUGUUCACAGUAAUGUAGAAUCCCAGCCAGCCACAACAACAACUGCCAGUACCCAGACUGAGUUGUUUUCAAUGACAGGUAGCUGAUUUUCUGAAGUCUCAACCAUUGAGGUUCCAGAUUGAAGUGCUUGGAAGUCUGUUUGCUUUCGUUGCUGCUCAAAGCCAAGUGGAAGGUGUUGACGAUGCCUUUAUUGAACUUUCAUUAUAAGCAAUGAAAAAUUUAAAGGUGGCUGGCCGGAGCAACAUUAUAUAUGGCUUGAUACGUUGUUGCUCCCUUCCUGACACUUCUGGCCAUCCCACCAGACUGCCUCUCAACAGAAUGCCAACAGGAUACAUUGAACAUCAGAUAAAUUUUUUCAAUGCCAGUCAUUACAGCAAUGUUCCAAAAUGCCCCCGUGAUUAUGAGGACUGGUUGGGCACCAUGUAUGCUGAAUUUGGUAUGAAAUGGCACUGUUUGCACAAUGGCCCUACCUGGCAGCAUGAUGAACACUCUGGAUUGAAAAGCACCAUGAUCCCGGGAAAUGCUAAGAUAAACAAUGCUUCUUUGGCAUUGUCUACACUGAGAACUCGUGUAGUCAAUACUGGAAUUUUCAAAACUACAGAAAUUCAGGGCAUAACUUUGGACAAAGCUUCUGAAUGCAAUCCAGGUGCUCGAUGGUGGAUCAAAGCUGAUGGAUGCGAUGUCAUUCCUGGUCUCCAUGAAUCUGUCUGUCUUGAAUGGUCUGGAGAUGUUGACUUGAAUGAUGAGACACUGCAAAAAACAUACAAGAAGUACAGAGACCGUCUCAAAGACAUUUCUAGUAUUGGAAAGAGCAGCACUUCACAGACCAGGCUUGUACUUUCUACACUUCAGUCUGAAUUGACUGAAGAUCUUCAAUAUUUGCAAAGUGCUCUAGAAUCCAAAACAUCUGAACUGGACAAGCUGAAGGUCAGUCAGCCAACAAAAGUGGUGACUGAGUUAGAGUGGGAUGUGAGGGAGUACCAUUUCUUGUUGAAGGAUGCCAGUGGGCAGUUGAAACAGUGGCUGAGUUAGACCUCACCAUUACAUCUCUUCAAGGACAAGACAGUCGAAGAACACAAUUUAAGCUGGCAGAAAUUAGAUGUAGAAUAGAGUCUCUUGUUCGAGGGAUAGUGAGGAAGCAAAGACAGGCAGCCUCACAUGCAAUGGUUUUC